GCACUUGCUCUGACGUCAUCGCUAAGUGAGGGAUUUCCCAGACGGGGUGAUUCACAAAUCUUGUCUUAUUUUUUUGUGUUUUUGUUUAAGGAUGACCUGUUCGCGACCGCAGAAGAAAUAAGAUAACAUCGCAGAGAUGCAUCAAAGGACUAGUGCCCCAGCUCAGGAUGACCAGGACGCUGGUGACCAGGUACAGCACAGGAGACGACAACAGCCAGAGUGGUUUGAACACAGGCAGUUCCAGUACAAUGGACGGCUGGUGCUGCCCUUCCUACCUGGACUGGUCAUCAUGGUUUAUCUGGGCGGUGAAGUAUUGCUUGGUAUAGCUUCUGUGGGUGCAUGUCUAAUUCACAUUCUUGAUAGUGUUGGACAGAAAAGAAAUGCCCUCAUUGCCUAUGUUCUGACAUUUGUCUGCUGCCAGAUGACCAUCUUCUACUCUGCUGUUCCCCUGGUCUGGCAUUCUUUUUUCAAUGUGUGUAUCAUCUCAGCCCUGAACAUGCAUGCUGUCAUGACUGGAGGCUGGAUUCUGCUGCAGUUUGAUAUUUUAAUAGCAGAAGAACCAGAGUUGGCUAAGAUCAUCGAAAUAUUCCUGUUUACUGUGUAUCCUUUUGUGUCAACAGUUUUAUUAACAUGGAUGACAGCCACCAUGAUAGAGAUAAGCAUUGCACCAAUUUGUUUCUGUAUCAUAGGUUUCAUAUUACUGCAACCAUUCAUGGUACCAACACGGUCCUCUUUUACCAAGGAUACCACUGCCAGGGACCCCAAGGGGCAGGUGCUAGAGCCUGAGACAGUUGCUCUUGUCUUGCUUGCUUACUUGACUACGCCACCUAUGGUGCAAGUGGCUAUCACUGCCUGGGAAGAUAGAUGGAGCCUUCUUCACCUCCAAAAUAUUAUUUGUCUCAUAUUCCUAGUUUUCCUGAGUUUAUUUCUUGGAACAUUUCUCAGUAUCAAGCAGGUCUUAGAUUAUGCAGGAAUACAAGAAGUUCAGUUAGGAAGAUUGAGGUGGUUUUCACUGGGUGUGGUACUGACCUUGUUAAACAAUGUCCUUGGCAGAUAUGAGAUGUCGUCUUAUCUGUUGCCAUGGUUACCAGUUGGCAUUGGGCUUCAUGCUGUAUUUGCAAUAACUUUACAAAGGAGAAAACAUCUGCCUCUGUCAUGGCUGGUGUUUGGGUGUCUCCUGUUCUACUAUGCAGUCAUAUUUUAUCUUAUGCCAUGGAGGCUUGUCUACUAUCUGCCCCGGGUAGGUCUCCACAUUGACCUGGCCCUCUUGCUGGUUCUGUUGUCCAUCGCCUUUACUCUUCUGACCACUCUGGCUGCAGUUGGGGACAUUUUCGGACUGGUCAUCAUUUUGUGUGCUUCAGUGUUUGUGAUGUGUGAAGUGGUGCUGCAGGCAGGACAUCUCUACAGUGCACCGUUGUUAGCUGUCUCGGGGUUUUUGGCUUCAUAUGCUGUGAUCAAGUUGUACCAUGCAGGGAAGAUAGCCUGGUUUGUGGCCUGGCUGGUGGUGUCCAUUCAGUUUGUGAAGGUGCCCAGUGUCACCCACCUGUACAGAGUGACCAGUGAGUGGACCCUGAUGAUGUCUGUACAGGAGAGGAUAGGAGUUCUGCUGACUGCUUUAGUUGUCACCAAAAUACACCUGUUUGAGAAAAGAAAGCAAUUAUCAAUGAAUGUGGUGCUGGCAUAUUUUAUCAGCACAGGAUUGGCAGUAGCACUCAACGUGCAGCCUUUCCUGCAACCACUGCUGCACUCUAUAGUCCAGGAAGAGCCAGACAUACUGGAUGUACUGGGUACUGUCUUCCUGCUGUGGGGGUUACUGCUGCUGAAGCUGACCAUGUUCCAUACAGUCAGUGCUCCAGUGUUGAGACACCUGGCUCCUGCCCUCCUCCUCAUGGGGAUUGCUGUACUGGACAGUCCUUGGAUGCUUGGGUUGGUGGUUAGUCUGUAUGUCACAGUGAUUGCAGUGUCACAAAAAUGGACGUCCAGAUCUGCCCUCCUCAGGGCCAUCUUAGCCAUUUGUGUAGGCAUACCCGUGGGGAUGCUGGUGGUGCUGUAUUUCACUGAGGAGUCAGUUGUUGGUCCUGGCAUCUGGCUGGCAACCUGCGCACUCUCCUUCCUGGUCACAUUUUCCUUCCUCACAGUGUACGAGAGCAACAAGAACUGUGACAUGAUCUUGACAUAUUGUUGGGUUUUGAUAACUAUAUUGGAUGUGGUACUCUUGGCUCUGGAUGCCAGUGUCUGGGGUUUGAAGGGACUUGGUGAAGGUUCAGCACUCCACAUAUCAUCCUUCACUUGGACUGGAACAGCAGCAGUGUUUAAAUUACAUGCCACAAAGAACAAGAGCCCAGAUUUGUUAUCGGGAGCAGUGUCAGGCCCUCCUUGGGUGCCACUGUUUGGAAACUUGGCAACAUUGGCAUCAUUUAUCAGCCUUUGUUUGGCUUCUGACCCAGAAAACAUGGAUGGAUGGAUACUGGGUUGCUCAGCAGUUUUUCUUCUUCUCCAAAAUGAUGGCAUUUGUAUCUCUUCUCUCCAUCAUUCUAACCAGAAAGUUCCAACAGUUUGCACAGCAGCAGUAUAUAUCCUAGCUCAAACGGUCUGGGCCAGCAAUAUUUGGUUACCUAAAAAAACAUUCCUCAGGACACUACAGGGGGCGCUAGAGUCAGCAAUACUGCUCUUAACUUUACCAGUGCUUCUUGCCUAUUGCACCACAGCUUGGUCGGGGAAGAAGCUAUUUUCUAAUAAACUCAUUGCCUUUCUGCUACCACUGUUCUCUCUUUUGAUACUGUUUGGGAGUAGCUUUUACAGUACUGUUUACUCAGGUAUAGGCCUGCUUAUGGGAGGAUGGGUUUUAACAAUUAAGACGUGAUAAAAAAAAUAAAGGAAAAUUUCUGACAAAUGCUGUUAUUGUUUAUCUGUUGCAUAGUUACCAACAUAAAAACACUAUAUAUGUAGGCCUAUUUUGCACAAUCAAAUAACAAAUGAAAAUAAUGGGAACUGAUGCUAGAAAAAUCAUAGAACUUCCACAUAUUUGCACAAUUAACAGUCCUGCUGCUUUACUUUUUAUUAUCUUUCCCAAACCAAUAUCCAGAUAAUACUACUUAGUAUAAAUGCUUGUCUUUAAAGAAAGUGGUGCUGGGAAGAAUGGAAUAGCCUAAUAUUAAUACUUUUACACUUUGAUUUUAAAAACCUAGAAAGAGAGGCUAAGGAGAAAAGAGCACAAAUAAUGAAAUGGUUGAACUAGGGUAAUGAGUAUCUUUAUACAAAAAAUUAUUCAUUCAGAAUGCUUUGCAAUUUUUUUUCCUUCAAGUGCGUUGGAAAGUUUUGUCUCUUUAGACUGUACAAAUCUUCAAUUUCACUUGCUUUAGUGUUAG